GAAAACGCACAAAUUUGGAAACCAUCGAUUCGGUGUUUAGUUGAAAAAAUUACACAUGGAUGAUCCCGAAGAUUAGAUCAGUUCAAUGAUUUUGAUCAUCUUCCUCUUGCAUUACAGGGGGGAAGCUAAAUUGUGUACAUUAAGUGAGGAGAAAGGGGAACCAAGGCUCAUUCUAGAAGUAUAAAAACUCAUCUCUUGCAAACUUGAGUCAGUUCACUCCUUUGGAUUAGAUAAUCAUGAAGGUAUUCGUUUGCCUUCUCGCCUUAACGGCGUUAGCUGAAUACAGCCAAGCCGGCUUCAUAAGUGGAGGAGGCGGCGGAUAUGGAGGCGGUGGAGGUGGAUGGAAAUCAGGAGGAGGAGGAGGAGGGGGCUGGCCUUCAGGUGGAGGCGGUGGUUGGAAAUCAGGCGGAGGCGGGGGCGGUUGGCCUUCAAGUGGAGGAGGCGGUUGGAAGUCAGGAGGAGGAGGAGGAGGCGGCUGGCCUUCAAGCGGGGGCGGCGGCUGGAAAUCUGGAGGAGGUGGAGGAUAUGGAGGAGGAGGUGGAAGUGGUUGGAAAUCUGGUGGGGGCGGCGGUUACGGAGGCGGCGGCGGUGGGGGAUAUGGAGGCGGAAGUGGGGGAGGACAAGUGGUUAAGAUAAUCAAAAUCAUCGUACCGGCUGAGAGCAUUGGAGGAGGUGGUUAUGGAGGCGGCGGUCACGGAGGUAGUGGAGGAGGAGGAGGAUAUGGAGGAGGCAGUGGAUGGAAAUCUGGAGGAGGUGGAGGUUGGUCUUCCGGAGGUAGUGGAUGGUCUUCUGGAGGAGGUAAUGGAGGAGGAUGGUCUUCCGGAGGAGGUAAUGGAGGAGGAUGGUCUUCCGGAGGCGGUAGUGGAGGCGGAUGGAAAUCUGGAGGUGGUAGUGGAUGGUCUCCUGGUGGUUAUGGAAACGGAGGACAUGGACAUGGUGGCCACGGUAACGGCAUUUACAGUGGCUACGGAAGUGGUAACGGAUGGCAUUCAGGAGGAGGUGGAGGAGACUGGAGCUCAGGUGGCAGUGGAUGGAGUAGUAGCGGAUGGGACUGAACCUGAACGUCACACCCCAUGAUGAUCGAUGCAUCGUUGUUUCCCAAAAAUAUUUUUGUAAAUAUAUAAAAAAUCUCCACACCUUUCAUUUUCCCCUCGAAAUUCACAAACUAUCUUUUCGAUGUCAUGAAAUUGAUGUAAAUGUGUAAAUAAUAUAAAGAAUGUUACAUUUCA